AUGUAUGGAUACGAAAAGUACAAGGACACAUUCCAGAAGACACAGAGUAGCGGUUGGAGGUUGAAUAGAGACAAGGAAACGAAGAUUCUGAGAUGUGUGGGAAGGAUUAAAGGUUAUUCACCAAUUUACCUAGAAAACGGAUCAUUUGUUGAAAAACUGAUUUGCCAUGAUCACGAACAGACGCUGCAUUUGGGAAUUGCUAGUACCAUGGGUGCUAUUCGAGAGGAAUGGUGGGUUCCACGGUUGAGAUCAUUAGUAAAGAAAGCAAUAAAUGGUUGCCAUACCUGUAAAGAUUUCUCAACAAAGCCAUACGGUAAGACGGACACAUCGUCUCUACCACAGUUUUGCACGAAAGCGAGUAAGCCCUUUCAAACCACGGGCGUUGAUUUCGCCGGGCCGUUGGUUCACAAAGUCAGCAAGAAUAAAGAAGGCAAACCAUCUAUUAUUAUCUUCACCUGUUCAGUCACGCGUGCUGUUCAUCUGAAAGUCACAAAGUCACAGACCGCGGAAGAAUUCCAAGACAAGUUAAACGCCUUCAUAUGGCGGAAGACGAAACCACAACGCAUCAUUUCAGACAACACAGCAGUCUUUAAAGCUACGGCCCAGUGGAUAAGAAAGAUCCGGAAAAGCAAAGCACUACAAGAUUCUCCAGCGAAACAAACCUGGCAGUUCAAUUUAGCCAAAUCCCCUUGGUGGGGAGGAAUGUACGAAAGAAUCAUAAAGGAAGUGAAGAAGACAUUAUAUAAGACACUAGGCAAGACUCUUCUUACGUUUGAGCAAUUAAGUGCAGUGGUAAUGGACAUCGAACACCACCUAAACAACCGCCCACUUACCUACAUUGAAAGCGAUGGAGGGGAGCCGCAAGUACUGCCACCCAAUACCAUUUUAUGGGGUGACGAUUCACAUAUUUUGGAAGAUCGAGAACAAGACGAAAGUGAAGUUACGAAGAUGCAGAGACCUCUCAACGUUGCCAGACAACACACGUGGAACCGUUGGCACAAAGAAUAUAUUCACAGCCUUAUGGAAUUGCAUCGAAUAGUCAAAGGUGACGGACAACUGCCAAUGGUCGGGGAGAUUGCAGGUGCAGCAGGUGUUGCAUACCUGAGAGAUAUUCCUGAGAGAUUUAUUAAAAGCAAUACUGAAAACUCUUGGUUAGAGUACCUUAAUAAUAUGUCUAUGCCAGGGACGUGGGCUGAUGCUAUAAAUAUGCAAGCUGUAGCUGACCAGCUACAAUUAAAACUUACUAUUGCCGAGACACAUGAACAGUUUCAGGAGUACAGUAUUGUAUAA